GUGUUGUGCUAUAGUCGUUUUUAAAAUAAUCCUACAUAUUAAAUUAGCCGUUAGUAGACAUGUAUAGAAAGUUUACUUAUGGACAAUAUUUAGUAUUAAUUUUGUAAACCAGUUGGUGAAAUUUACGAGAAGUGUAAAGUCUACUGUACUAGCUUUGGUAGAAGAUGUCUUCCGACGAAGAUCAGCAUGUGAUCUGUUUUAAACACUGUGAGAAAAAUGUGUUCGUUUUCAGUGUUCCCUCUCGAUGUCCGUUAUGCAAUCAACUCCUGGAGCACUGUAAGGCGAUAUUGCCCUUUGCUUUACCUAGCCCCUUCGUGAAUGCUACACAAGCACCCUGCUCCGUAGUGCUUCGACCAUCCAGGGGAGAUUUCCUGCGGGAUUUUAGAAAUCGCACUAAUUUGCACAUUGCGCUUACUGAUUCGAAAGGAUCCAUAGUGGAGUUCGAUACUCCUGGUCUUUUAUGCACCACUUCCAAGCACGUCGACAGGAGUCUAUGGGGACAGUGCCUGGUGAUCGCUGAUGUACCUGACUCGUGGUUUUGUCAUUGGGACAGCACUCUGUUACGGACGAUAGAAGACAAAGGCUGGAAUCGGAAGAGCUACGACGAAGAGAAAGUUAAUUGCUAUAGUUUUGUGCUCUUCUUUUUACGGUUAUUGAAGUUUGAACCGUUUAUGGUACUUGCCAAGGACAUGGAAACGUUCUCUAAGGAACUUGUGGUUCCAAAAACAACGCAUGCAGCUAAAUAUAUUACUAUCCAUAGAAACGUAACGAAAUUUGGCUUUUGGGUGGAACCCGACCGCUAAAUAAAAAAAGUAAGUUUAAUUUUGAGUAAGGUUUGGAAGAUAAUUAGUAUAUUUCGAGAUAUAUAGUUAAUACGUUUCCUGGUACAGAUGUUACUGUGAUCUAAUAUCUUUGUCGAUAUUUUUUUGUAAAUUCUGGGCUAUUAGAAUUAAAUAUUUUGAGAAAUAUUA